AUGUCUCCUCAGAUGAAUAUCAAGACGUCCUGGCUUUCCCGCAUUAAAAAGUAUGGGGGCUGCCUGGUCCUGGACUGUUGUCAGGCUUCAAAGGCCAUCAAACCAUACGAAGGUGAGCUUUGGCCCAACCCCGAAAACUUUCACUGGGCGCACAAAGAUCGCAGGUUCGACUGUACGCCUAUUGAAGCAGGACCAGUCCAAACGCAGCCCCGUCCCAUCCCUAACAUGCGUGUACCUAGCCAGAUCAGCACCCUGCCGGUCAGGGUGUUGAGUCCAAGCCACCCACGACUCUCACAAGAUCUGCCUCCUCUACCAUUGCCCGAACCACCGGUAAAAAUCCGUUCCAGCGUCGAACCUUCUCAGCUCUGCGGUCAGCGCGACGGCGCCGAUUCCCGUAGCAGCAGCCGCCAGUCUUCCAGCACCGCCGGUUCAAACUCCUCCCGCAGGUCUGCCAACGAGGAUGAACGGUUUGAACGUCUCAACACGAGGUUUCUUGGCGCUUCCACCGUCGAUGAGGUUCUCGGCAUUUUCGACAAGGCCAGCAACAUGCCAUAUGCAGUCUGCGGUAUGGCGGGCUUGGCAGCUUGGGGGUAUAAACUCGACAUGCCGAGGCACAUCACCAUCAUGGUACCCCCUUACUGCCGUGACACCAUCGCAAGCUGGGCCAAGACCGUCCCGCACUUUGAGACCUUCUCCUCUCGCCCGGACGUCAUCGGCGUCCAGACCAGCGACAACAGGAUCGUCCGCAUUAACAUCACAUACCCGGACGCCGCGGAUGGGGUGUGGGAGGAUUACUUCAACACCAACCGAGUGCAGCUCCACGGCAAUGGCAAGUUUGCAGAAGUCGUGCGCCUCUCCAAGCUCCUGAACCAGACAGCCGUCAGCUACAUGGAUGCUAUCGAACUCGACGACACUCAGCUGAUGGGAAUGAUCAGCAGCGACGUCCUUUGGAUCCUGUGGCGCAUUGCCAGAGGUCUCGUCAAGGGUGAGGACAACAUUGUACCGCUGAACCCGGCCGAGAUCCCAUCUGUCAUGGACCGGACCUUUUGGGACUCGUUUUCCGGCACUCAUCCCGACGCAUCGGAGAGGUUUGCCGCCGCGGGCUUGCACUACAGGCUUCAGCCGCGCGGGGACAUACGCCCAUUGGUAAAUUUGGCGCCUGAGCCCUCCAACCCUUACUGGCAACCCAGUCCGCCCGCUGUAGAGACCAUUGACCUGAUGCUAGGAAGCAGCAGGGCUUUUAUGCCAUUGAGAACUGAAUCGACCAAUACCAUUAGGCUUACCCCUGCCGAGAAACUGAAGCAGAGGUUCCAACAGCCGAGCCAGAACGCUGCCACGAAUGUCGAUAGACAGCCACUCAAUGGCCGGAACUCGUGUCCUGCUAGUCGCAACGGAAGCAACUCGAUGGUGCAGACUUCGUGGCCCUUUCGGCAGUCUUUGUAA